CGAGAGUCAGUGUGGUUGAGGCUGUGUGAAGAGGAGGACCUGUGCGAAUGGUCCUGCUCACGCUCGCUUGAUUGCCGCUGUCGUGCUCUCUGUCUCCCUCUCUCUUACGUCGCUACGCCAACUGUUUGUUUUUCGUCUGUGUACUCCACGCCUCGCAGUGGAUGGUGUGUGAGUGAUGGGCACGGCGGAGCAGCAGAAGGAGCACUCCGGGGUUUCUGGAUCGUCCAGCCUGGAGUGCGGGGAGGACGAGGCUGCCGUGAGGGCCCCCGUGUCCCGCGGCUCCUCAACCGGCGUGGCUGCGACGCCCUCCAAUGCCAGCACCAGCGGAGCGUCAGGGAGCCGCCGGGGGCGCGCGUCGCCCACAAGUGCCUUCAGUAGGAUCCCUCUCGCCAGAUUUUGCGAGGAAAAGCGAGCGCGCCGCUGCAGAUUUUAUCGGAAUGGUGACCGUUGGUUCGGCGGGAUGGUGGUACCGGUAGGCGGAGACAAGCACAGGUCGUGGGAAGCCCUCCUGGCGGAUUUGACGCGGUUGCUCGAUCACUCUAUUCACCUGACGGCGGGCGUGCGGCAUUUGUUCACGCUGGACGGCACGCGCGUGACAUCACUCGACCAGAUAUGCGAGGCGGGUGAAUACGUGGUCUCCUCCUCGGAGACGUUUAAGCGCCUGGAAUACACCCGCGCGCGCCUGCCGCAGUGGCGGGCGACCGCACGCCGCAACGAGGCGCUGCACGUGUCUCCGCGAACUACACACGUCACUCCGGCAUCCACGCCCGGCAACGAACUCCCUCCCAGCUUCAUGGGCUCCUCCUUGUCGGCGGAUUCCCCCAAGGACUUCAUCCGGCCGAAACUCGUCACAGUGAUCCGAAAUGGAAUCCGGCCACGCAAGGCGGUCCGGAUCCUGCUCAACCGCCGCACCGCUCGUAGUCUCGAGCAGGUCCUCUCGGACAUCACGCACGCCAUCAAGCUUGACACGGGCGCCGUCAGGAAAGUCUACACUCUGGAUGGAAGACAGGUGAUGAGCCUCCGAGACUUCUUCUUCGACGAUGACAUCUUCAUAGCGUACGGUCCCGAGCGGCUCUCGCACGAUGACUUCGACUUGGACUCAGAAGAGUGCAAAACAAUUCAGCCGAUGGUGAAGUGUCCGCUGAGCCCACGCCGCCCGCGUCGCAUGCCCUCUCCAAAGCCGCGCGGCCGAGCUGUAUCUCCCCUUGCAAUAUUCGAUGGGCCAGGUUGUAGUUUACCAAGGUCACCUAGAAAACCUAGAGCACAUUCACCUCAUAAACGACUAAGUCAGCCUAAUAAUCAGACAUAUCAGCAGCACCAAGAUCCACCAAUGUACAAUGGUCACAUAGCAUGUGGUGGCCUUGAGAACAUCAUUUUCCCAACAUGUGUAACCUCAAGGUAUUCAGUCGGUCGUAUCUUGGGGGAUGGAAACUUCGCUGUAGUACGUGGGUGCGUCUGUCGAAAAACAAAGGAAGAAUAUGCUCUCAAAAUCAUUGACAAAGCUAAAUGUCGUGGCAAAGAGCAUAUGAUUGAGAGUGAAGUUUCCAUACUUAGGAGGGUUAGCCAUCCAAAUAUUGUUAGUCUAGUGGAAGAAUUCCAUACCUCGCAACAUCUCUACCUCGUAAUGGAGCUAGUCAGGGGUGGCGACCUGUUUGAUGCCAUUGCCAGUGCUACCCGCUAUACAGAGCAAGAUGCAAGCUCUAUGAUUAGAGACUUGGCAUCUGCUCUUGAUUAUCUCCAUCAGCGAGAUAUUGUCCACAGGGAUAUCAAGCCAGAAAAUCUUUUGGUGGUAGACCGAAGUGAUGGAAGCAAAAGUCUAAAGCUAGGAGACUUUGGGUUGGCUGUAGAGGUCACAGAGCCAUUAUAUACAGUAUGUGGCACACCAACCUAUGUAGCACCUGAGAUUCUUUCAGAAUCUGGGUAUGGCUUAAAGGUUGAUAUCUGGGCAACUGGAGUCAUCACAUACAUCCUUCUCUGUGGAUUUCCACCUUUUGUUUCUGCAACAAAUAACCAAGAGGAGUUGUUUGAUCAAAUAUUAAGAGGACAAUAUGAAUUUCAUGCCCCAUAUUGGGAUGAUAUAUCUGAUUCUGCAAGAGAAUUGAUUGUCCACAUGAUUCAAGUGGACCAAGACAAACGUUUUAGUGCACAAGAGGUUUUGGACCAUCCAUGGGUCUCGGAUGAUGAGGCUCUGGACCGAAACCUUCAUCUUCGAGUGUCCCAUAAACUGGGUCUCCACUUUGACACAAACGGUCCCCAGCACAAGGCUGCCGGAAUCACUCUAAUGGCCCAGGUAACCGCCUUGGACAAGGAGAACAGGAGUCUCCGCCGUGAGGGAGAUCCGCGAGAUGUUCCAAAUCUAACAAGUCCACCGUGCAGCCCCAGAAUGACUCUGUAUGCAAAUAACAAUCAAGUUUUUUGAAAGUGUAUUGAAUUAGAUAUCAACACAGUCCUUUAUCUACUACUAGUAUGUUUGACAUAUAAAAGACAGUAUGUAUAUUACAUUAUGCUGGAGUCAUGUUGGAGACUGAGGCAACCUUUCAGAGUAAGCAAAAUGUUCACAAUACAAUAAUUUUCAAUUAGGCUCAUUAUUAUUUGACAUCAGAACAUAAAUAUUCUUUUGUAAUAUGAAUGUUGAAUGGACAUUUUUUAUCCAAAUAGUAUUUUUGUCAUAAAAUUUUAAUUUGAAAAGGCUUAGUCAAAAUGAUACUGAACAUCUUUCAUUAGUAAAAGAUACCUGAAUGUAAACAUCCCAUGGUGCUGUAAGAAAAAAUAUGUAAAUUGUUCAUUAGGGGCAACAGUCUUUUGUAUAUUAAUUUUGAGUCCAGCACCUGGAAUUGUUUCAGGCAAGGUAGCAACAGCACAUUGUUAUGUAAUUCUUCAGGUUAUCACAGUUGCCUUUAAAAAAUAAGAUGUUUUAUUUAUUUCUUUAUCAUAUUGCUAUCAUUCCUUUAUAUGUACAAUGCAUGCAGGAGAAGAAAUCCUAAAAUUAGUCACCAUCUGAAGUCAUAUUUUUUCUUAAAUCAUUGAUUUUACCAUAGAUUUCUUUCAAAGGAAAAUACAUGAUUGUAAUAAAAAGUGCAUAUGUUUGGUGCUAAUGGUUAUAAAUAGUAGAUACCCAUGCCUGUGUAAAUAUGAAUAUGAGCAGUUUUUGAUGCUGUAGUUUUAUAUGAGGUGAAUGUAUGAACUUCAGUGUUUCUUUACCUUAAAUAAUAGUCUUAUUUGGAAGGAGCUUGUAAGCAUAUUCAUCAUGUUAAAAAUGAUUUUUAAAGGAUGUAAAUUUACAGUAUGAGCAGUCAUUGAAAUGAUAGGUUAAGACAAGGGACCAAUGCAUUGGGGCCUAGAUUUCAGUGAGGUGCAGCUUGUAUUGUGACAGCUAUGUUAUUUAAUUAUUUUACCCUCUUAGUGAUGUCUUAUGUUUAAUGUUGUCAAGUAUCAUUUGCAUAUGGGCAUUAUUUUCCAAGGUAGAUAAUACUCAGAAUACAGCAUAAUUUAUGUAUUUCUGAACUCUUGUUAUAAAGUUUUAUUAUUAUUAUUAUCAUUAUUUUAUGUUUUUUUUUCUGAACUUUUGUUAUAAAGUUUGAUUUCAUUAUUUUUCAAGGGCAAGCAUUUUGAAAAGAAAUGUUAUCAUUUAUACUGAGUGAACACCAGUGAAAGAAAUAUAUUUUUUGGUCAUUUUCAUAUCACUUCACUGUAAAUAAUUUUCUGUAUUUAAUGCUCCAAAAAGUUGCUGCUUCUUGUUCCUAGGUAUGGACUUGAAAUUAAUACAUUUGAACAACAAAAAUGUUAUUAGUGUGGAUAUAUUGAUAGUGCUUAUCUAAAAUCUAAGUACAGUACCCUGAUAGAUGGUUAAUAUGUGUUUGAAUGUAAUAUAUUUCACCAUCAUCUUAAAAUGAGUGACUGUAGAGUGUCAAUUACGAAUAUGUAUUAGGCCAUUUGCUUUAAUUACUUAUUCUUGUGUUACUUGCAGUUUACUGAGUGGAAUUGUAUGUUAACAUUCUGCUUACAGACUAGCAUAUUUAAUGUGAUUUGACAAAAUAAUAACUGAAAAUAUGGAAAAGUUUGAAUAGAUCUGUACAUUUUAUUUAAUAUUAUUGUGCUAAACAAUAAGGUCUUGGUGCUUUUAGUGUAUGUAAGGUGUUCUACUCUCAAAUAGGACAAGUUUAUACUCCAUGAAAAAUGUUUGUAGAUAUAUGUGGAAAUAAACUUUUAUUCACUUGA